AUGAACACUACUGCACCUUUCAAAGGGCAGCCUGGAGGGCUUUUGGGGGGCCCCCUUGGGGGCCCCCCUGGGGGUUUCCUUGGGGGCCCCCCUGGGGGAUUCCUUGAGGGCCCCACUGGGGGCCCCCUGAGGGGCCCCCCUGGGGCCAACCGGGGGCACUCUUUGUCUCCUAAGGCCGCUAGGCGACUGCAGCACCUAAUGCAGCAGCGCAAUAUUCGUUUAUUUGGUUUGGCUGCACCUUGUUGGGGGCCCUCUGAGGCCUCUUCUCGUUCUUGUGGGGUGUACAGACAGCAGAAGGAGACGAAGGUGUGCACAGAGAAGACGCCUGAAGACACCAGCAGACAGACUCUUAACUCUCCUCACUUUGGAAAGAAGAACUGCGAAGGGAAGCAGAAAACGGAAUUUAAAACCUAUCAACAACCUGGAGGGCUUUUGGGGGGCCCCCUUGGGGGCCCCCCUGGGGGUUUCCUUGGGGGCCCCCCUGGGGGAUUCCUUGAGGGCCCCACUGGGGGCCCCCUGAGGGGCCCCCCUGGGGCCAACCGGGGGCACUCUUUGUCUCCUAAGGCCGCUAGGCGACUGCAGCACCUAAUGCAGCAGCGCAAUAUUCGUUUAUUUGGUUUGGCUGCACCUUGUUGGGGGCCCUCUGAGGCCUCUUCUCGUUCUUGUGGGGUGUACAGACAGCAGAAGGAGACGAAGGUGUGCACAGAGAAGACGCCUGAAGACACCAGCAGACAGACUCUUAACUCUCCUCACUUUGGAAAGAAGAACUGCGAAGGGAAGCAGAAAACGGAAUUUAAAACCUAUCAACAACAGCUGCUGCAGCAUCUGUUCGCGCCCCAGCUGCGGCAGCAGCAGCAGUAUCAGCAGCAGCUGCAGCAGGAGGCUGCUGCUUUUGACUGCGGCUUUGUCUGGAGCCCCCGCGCAGCAGCAAGAGGGCUCCAGAGGCCCCCUACUGCUGUUCCUUCUCCCUACCGAGUUGAAGACACCGCAGCAUUUGAUGCUGUCCCUAAGUGCAACGCCCUCAGCACCUUUGAGGCCUUCUCCCCACAGCAGCUUCUCUUGUCUAGCUCUGACGACGCACUCCCUCAGAGGGGCCCCCAGAAGGGUUGGGGGCCCCCAGGGUAUUGGGGGCCCCCACGGAGAUGGGAGCCCCCGAGGGCCCCCAAGAACCCGCGUUUGCUUUCAAGAGAAGAGUUGGCUGGAGUUGUAGAGAGGGAAUUAGAUUUUAAGGAGACAGAAGAUAUCAUGAAGAGACAGGUUUGGGGUGGUGAUGAGGGAUGA